CUUAACAGAUUUUUUGCUCACCAGCGAGACAGACAUAUCAGGGGACAGACCUGAAACUCUUGACAGAAUUCAAAAGAUGGAAAAACUUCGCACAGUGUUAGAUUUCUGCCUUAGUCACCAGAAGGCACUGGGCUAUGGUGCAGUGUCCUUGCUGACUCUUGGCAGUGAGCGCAUUUUUUCUGUUGUAGUGUUCAAAUGCCCAUGCAACUCCUGGAACAUGCUCUAUGGCACUGUUUUCCUACUGGCACCAGCCCUGAUUCUGUUUCUGCUUGGAUUACUGCUCAAUACCCGGUCUUGGAAGGUGCUUACUGGAUGCUGUGCUCCUGGUAAGCUGUGUCUAUGUCCUCAUGCAAAUCGCUUCUGGCGCUAUGUGCAAGUGCUAUGGCUGGUGAUGGUCACUGCCGCCGUGGCUCCCUUCACCUGGAUUGCUGUGGCCUUACUGGGAGGCAGCUUCUAUGAAUGUGCAGCUACUGGGAGUGCCAUAUUGCAAAACUAUAUGUGCAAAAACCAAGGGGAAGAGUGCUUCAAGAAGGUGCUUCAGGUGCCCUGUCAAAGCUCCAGUUCUUCCCAAGAGAUGCAAGAUAUGCUCACCAGUCUUCGAGCCCAGUCUCAGGUGAUUGGAUGGAUUCUGAUUGCCAGCGUCUUCACAUUGGCCCUGGCUGCCACCUGUAUCUCCCGCUGUCGUUCUCCAGUUAGUAUACUUCAGCUUACAUUCUGGAAAAUGUACCUGGAAAAAGAGCAGCAACUUUUUGAAGUUAAGGCCAAAGAACAUGCAUCUCAGCUGGCAGAGAGGAAUCUCAGGUGCUUCUUUGAUUCCACCCAAUUGGAACAAAUUCACACUCCAAGUGCCAAAGCCUGGCAUGGCAUUUCCUCCAUGUUUGCCUUUAAUCCCGAAGAGCAUUACUACAGUAUGAUACAUAAAUACAUCAGUUCUAAAACCAGCAGUGGAAGCAUCAAAUCAGCUGAAGGAGAUACUUUUCCCACUUGUCUGGGGUUUGUGGAUGGAGUUGGGGUUGCUGAUUCCCAAGUACUAUAAUCAGAAGAGUCUGGGCUGGCACUGCCCUCCUCCUCCUCUUCCGUUUCUCUUCUAUUUUCAGUUCUGUGGACUUUAUCACAGGAGGCAGGCAAACUGGUUUGCAGAUGUUUUAAUCGUGUCAGAAGCAACUUGAGAAAUUGCAAGUCGCUUCUGAUGCGAGAGAAUUGGCUGUCUGCAGGGAUAUUGCCCAGGGGUCACCUGGGUGUUUUACCAUUCUCUCAUGUCCCCGCAUGAGCUAAACUGUCAUCUUUGGUGAUGAUAGCUAGCUGUCAUAUGGUGCUGUGUACAUCCCGCUACCAGGUCCCCACCUCUUGGUGAUCUCGUAUCUUACAACUGAUAAGGAAAACUUGUCAAUAGCUCUCCAUCCUACUACAUUACCAUUACUUACCCUAGUGUGAUGAAUCCUUUCUGCUUUUAUGUUGACAUGCCUAUUGUCAUGUGAGGAUAGUGGAUGGAAUCUCCCUAUCCCAUUUUCAAAGUGGUUGUUUUGCAUAUCUCUGUAUAUCUGUGUCUUUGCCAAUCUAUUUUAUAUUUUAGGCUGAUGUGUUUUUUUAAAAGUAAACAAACUGCAAGGCAUGCUAAGUAGGGAAAAGGGUAAGCCAGUGGGGCUACAGAAGAUGUUCAUCUUCUAUAUUUUCCUAGCAUCUUCCUGAUCCAGAAGAGAGAAUCACAAAGAAAUAGAUUGUGGACAGACCUCCUUUUGGAUCAGGCCCUGCAUGCCAAAUGUUUGUUAUGGGGAGCAAGACAGAUUGUGGGACCACAGUUUGGCAAACAAGCACGGUUUUGUAAUGUUGAAAGUUCUUGACUUACUAUGUAUCCAUUAUCUAUACUGAUAUGACUAUUGCAACCCAGCAGGUUGCUGUGACCCCAACUAGUUUUCCCAGCUACCCCAAAUCCUAAACCCUCUUCCUUUAUGUUAAAUAAGCAAAUAAUGGCAAUUAGAUUUUGGAGGGGAAAAUCCUGGUAGAGGUUAACAUUGCACAAAUGGGUUGAAGUGGCGUGUGUUUGAAAAGCGAGCACCUAAAAUAAUGUUGCGUUUAUUUGCAUGUGUGUAUGUACACAUGUACAUGCAUGCACACAUGCAGAUACAACUACAAAAUUGGCUGGAACUAAUAUCAGCGAAUGUGGAGGGAUUGCUGUACUCUAGAACAGGCAUCCUCAAACUGCAGCUCUCCAGCUGUUUGGGCCUCCAACUCCCAGAAGCCUUAACAAGCUUGUUCAAUUGUCAGAAAUCCUGGGAGUUGAAGGCCCAAAAAGCUGGAGAGCCACAGUUUGAGGAUGCCUGUUCUAGACCCUUGCAGUCUGCAUCAACAGUUUACAGAGAGUUAGUUCUCUUGACAUUGUAAUUUGUAAAGAUUUCUUAACUGAUAGUCACUAGCAUAAUGGAAUUCUCAGUGCUCCCUUAAUCCAUGAUUUUAUUAAGCAUGCUGGGAAAAUAACCAGACAUUAACAUUACUGGGAAAGUACAUGCUUCCUUACAAAGGAAGCCUGGGAAGGCACCUUCAUACUUACAGUACAUCCGUUGAUGCAGCUAACAGCAACAAUUACCACGAGUGGAAAAUAACCAUUUCAGAUGGGGGGAAAAAUCCCAAAAUACCAGUACAAUAACAAAUGAAGAACACAGCAACGGGUAUUAUUUAAAGCACAAUAUUCUUUUAUUUUGCUUUCAGCAUAACAUUGAUCAGAAAAUUGCAAAAUAUAUGUACCAGUGUAUUUAAAAAUUGCACAUAUUCAUAUAGAAGCUCAAUUCA